UUUCUGUAGAUAGCUGUUCUUUCUGCCAGAGCUCGCCCUCUUAGUGGCGGCUUAGGAGUGACAAUAGAGGAGCGGACCUGGAGUGCCGAAACACAGAGAGGGAAAGAGAAAGAGGGAGCUCACGUCCACAUUUUUCACGCAGCAUCAUGGCGUCAGCUGCUCCACAGAAGAGGAUGGUAUCCUCCUUCUUUAUUACGCUGGCGUCCCCUUACAGAGCCACCAUCACACAGCACCAACACACACGCGCACACAGCGCCACCGCCAAUGACAUGCCACAUACAGCCACGCGGGUUGGCCCUGAGGACAGCAGCACCCGUAAACUCAGUGUCAGUGGCACACAGCAAAGCACCAUUCACAGGCAGGAGAGGGCUCUGUCUGAGUCCCAGGGCAGUACACACAAAGGGGUCCAGAGCUCCACACCUUCCCUGGCCAGACCCUCAGAACCCAGAACUCCAGCCAGCCCAGUGGCCCCUGACCUCAACCUGGGUCUGGGAGACUCACAGCAGCAGCAGACACAGACAGCAGCAGACAAGGGUCCUGAAGAGCUCCUUCCUCCACCUCCCCCUCCUCCCGUGUUUUUGGAUGCUGAGCUGACUGAGGAUUCCACACCUCUCCUGCCUCCUCCACCCAUGCAGGAGUCCCCCACUGCCCCCCUCUUCCAACAUGUGUCCUCAGACAGACCACCAGUGUCUGACCAACUGAGUACUGCAGUGGAUAGACAGCUGGAGCAAAGCACACCAUCUAGUUGGGGGGAACAGAAGGAACCGUCCCAGCGGAUCGAGGGCAGUCAAGAGGAGCAGCUAGUGACAGUAGAGACCAAGGAGGUGUGUGGCUUCUGCCGUAAGCCUGUGGCCCUGAGUGAAACUGCCAUCGAGGCUCUGAACAGGACGUACCAUGCCAGUUGCUUCCAGUGCAGACAGUGCCAUAUCCCUCUGGCUGGUAAACUGUAUUACAACAAGGCAGGAAUACCACUCUGUGAGGACUGCUACCAGGCCAGUUUGGAACUUUGCUGGGCAUGUGGGGAAGUUAUCAAAGACCACGUAAUCCGUGCACUGGAAAGAGUUUACCACCCACCUUGCUUUAUCUGUGCGACAUGCAGACAACCAAUUGGAGAGCAGAGAUUUGCUCAGGGAGAGGUUGGGGAAGUGUAUUGCCUCCAGGAUUACUACAGGAAAUACGCUCCCCAGUGUAGUGCCUGCCAGCAGCUGAUCAUUCCAAGAGAGGAUGGCACGGACAGCUACACCGUGGAGUGCCUGGGACGCUCCUUCCACGAGGACUGCUAUCGCUGUGAGGUCUGCAGUACCCAGCUCUCCCCAGAGCCAAACGACUAUGGCUGCCAUCCACUGGAUGGGAGGGUGCUGUGUAAGUCUUGUCACCUGACCAUGGUUCAGUCUGCCCAGCUCUAAUACUGAACUCAGAACCAGGGCCCGUAUUAAUAAAGCGUCUCAGAAAAGGAGUGCUGAUCUAGGAUCAGUUUGGCCUUUUAGAUUUUAAUUAAUACGCUUUUAUACAAAGGGCGGACCUGAUCUUAGAUCAGCAUUCCUACUCUGAGACACUGAAUAUGAGCCCAGGCAGGAACCAGGACGGGACUGAGCCAGACCUGAUCCAAUCGGCACAGACAUCCAACUGUGCAGUGGAUCCAAUGGAGAAGCAAGCUGAAAGUCAACAGUCCUGAUUGGAUUGUAAAGGAGAACUAUCUAUGAAACUGGGAGAGAAGACAGACCUUCUUAAUUCUGCAUCAUGGGAAUAAGUCGUUGCACUUUGAAUGUCACACACUUUCUUAAUCACAGUAUUUAGAAAUUAUUUGCAACUAUCCCUUAUGUAGCAAUACAUGUUUAUCAAUUGCCUCCUAUAGUUCUUUCAUACUUGAUACUUUUGCACUUUUUUUUAACCCACACUAGUAAACGCACCAAUAAUAUUUGCCUGGAUUCACCUGAUUGGUCCAUGUCAUGGAAGGAACAGGUAUUCUUAAGUAUUUUUUGGUAUGCAUUCUUUGAAUAUUAUGUAGUGCUCAGUGCUGCGUGUCCAUUCUCAAUAUAUCCUUUCAUAUGACAAAAUAAACUAAUAUAUUAUACA